AGUACUUUGAAAUUUUCAAAAAAAAUAAAUUAAAUUAAAUUACUUGACUUGGGUUGGGUUGGGAGAAGACUAGAUAGAGAAAAGUCUACUCUCUUUCCCUUCAUUUUCAUUCCUACAUCUUCAUCAUAUCAUUAUCACCCAAAUCAAAACCAAAUCAGAUCUGCAAUCUCUCUAGCUAGAUACUUGAUCUGAUUGUUGCAUCUCCCACACACCCACUAGUUAACGAUAUCACUGAUUCACUGAAAUGGCUGAAGCACUUCUGGUUAGUGGUGCCACUGAAAUACUGAAAGGGUUGACUGCUGUUAUUGCUAAUGAGAUUGCUUUGGUUUGGGCUGUUAAAGACGACCUUGAGAAGCUUAAAAACACUUUGGAGAUGAUCUCUGCUGUAACAUCGGAUGCUGAAAGAUGCCAAGUAACCGAGAAUGCUGUAAGACUCUGGCUGACAAAGCUUAAAGAUGCUGCUUAUGAUGCUGAUGAUGUACUAGAUGCCUUCUCAUAUGAAGCUAUGCGCCGGAAAACAACAUUCAUUCUUCUGGUCAAGGUAAAGGGUCUCUUUACAUGUAAUAAUCGUGUAGGUUUCCGUGUUAAAAUGGCUCAUAGGAUUAAAGAUAUUAAUCAAAAGUUUGAUGAUAUUUCUAAGGACAAGGUAUUUUUAAGCUUAAAAAAUUGGAAUGGUGGUGGUGGUGGUAGGUAUGGCCGUACCACUACUGCUAUUGUUCGUCAUAAUCGGCGAGCCGCAGCCUCUACAACUGAUUUAGAAAAAAUCAUUGGAAGGGAAGAUGAUAGAAAGAAAUUAGUAGAUUUAUUAAUUGAGUCACCAACAGCUUCUUCAUCGAACAAUAGUAAUGGUCAAAAUGUACAUGAAAAAAUAUCAGUCAUACCAAUUGUGGGUAUGGCGGGGCUAGGGAAAACAAAACUAGCUGAAUUAGUCUCCCACGAUGAAUUAGUAAAGAAACGCUUCGAUCUCAACAUAUGGAUUUCUGUAUCCGAUGAGUUCGAUUUGAGCAACAUCUUAAUAAAUAUCUUAGAAUCCAUUGAUAGCACUAAGUAUGAUAAUGGUUCAAAUCUUGAUGUAAGGGUGAGGCAUCUUCAAGAUAAGUUGAAAGGGAAAAAGUAUUUGCUAGUACUAGAUGACUUGUGGGUUGAGGAGUAUGAGAAAUGGGAAAAACUAAAAGAUUGUAUGCGGAAUGGUGCUGAUGGAAGUAAGAUACUAGUUACUACACGUAAAAGUCAUGUGGCAGAUAUCGUCAAAGGUAACAUCCCGUCUCACCAUUUGGAACCUUUAUCAGUAGAUCAGUGUUGGUCAAUCAUUGAGCAAAGAGCAUUUUCUCCUGGUGGAGCACUGAAAACUACGGGGAUGGUGAAGAUUGGGAAGGAAAUAGCGGAAAAAUGUUGUGGUUUACCACUUGCGGCAGAAAUAUUAGGAAAUAUGAUGCGCAUGAAAAAGAGAGAUGACGAGUGGAAUUUAGUCAGGGACAUGGAAAUUAUGGAAAAUGAGGAUUUCUAUAACAAAAUAGGACCGAUUAUAAAGCUGAGUUACAAUCAUUUGACAUCAAAUUUGAAACAAUGCUUUUCUUACUGUUCACUGUUUCCCAGGGGUUGGGAUAUUGAUAGAGAAGCCUUAAUCCAACUAUGGAUGGCAGAAGGCUUUCUUGGUGCACCUGGGAGUUCUAGUAGAGAAACCAUGGAAGAUAUUGGAAACAAAUAUUUUAACGGUUUGCUGUCUCAUUCGUUAUUCCAAAAUGUAGUAAAGGAUGAGUUUGGUGAUAUUAGUAAGUGCAAGAUGCAUGAUCUCGUAUAUUAUCUUUCCCGUAGUGUUGUCAGCAAUAAAGAAUACUCCGUAUUGAGACCUGCCGAUGAAGCCGGUAUUUCUGCAGCUCGGCGUUUGCGUUUACUUUUUGAAGAAGAUAAAGAAAAAGAAAAGGAGUUUCCAUCAGCUGGGAGUGAUGCAAGUAAAUUACGAACAUUUGUUGCCUUGGAAAUGGGCGAUUGUAAGAAUAUCCAGAGCUUGUUUGAUAAUAGGAAUCUGCGCGUGGUAUAUUUGAGUGGUUCAUCAAUUCAACGGUUACCUGCUUCAAUUUCAAAAUUGAGUCAUCUAAGAUAUCUGAACCUCUCAAGAUGUCAGAAACUUGAGGUAUUACAUGAUGGAUCGAUCAAUAGUCUUUAUAAGCUACAGACGUUAAUAUUACAUGCUUGCAGUUCUCUUUCUGAACUUCCUGAAGACUUUGGAUUGCUGAAAAAAUUGAGGCACCUCGAUGUUUCGUAUACAGGAAUAUCAAAGUUGCCUAAGUCAGCUACUGAGCUUUGUGACUUGCAAACUUUGGAUGUCUCUCAUUGCAAAAAUUUUACAGAAUUGCCUGCAAACAUUGGAGCCUGGAAACAGCUGCGAAGCCUUAAUAUUUCACAUACAGAGGUUAGUAUAUUGCCUGUCUCUAUCACUGAUCUCUUUAAAUUGGAGAAGUUGAGACUGUUUUCUUGUCCCAAUCUUACUGCAUUACCGAGAGGAAUGGAGGGAUUGAGCCGUUUACGAAAUAUCGAUACCUCUGGUACACAGAUCAAAGAAUAGACGGAGUCUCUUUGUUGAAGCAUUGCGUGCUAAAAGCACACGAGGGGAAAUUCAGUUUCCAAGGAAAUCUAGAUUCCGGUUUUCAGUUUCAGUUUCCUUCUUUUGUACUUUCUUUUCUUGUCUGUGUGCUUGUUUCUUUGGAAGCUUUUUGUUUCUUUUAAUGAGUCAGGCUGUACAUUUCCAAUUUCCAGUUUCCAGUUGAUUCACAAGUCCCUGGAAACAGGGUUUUUGUGAAAUUUGAAUGAUUCGGUGUGUUUUGUUAUGUGAAGAAUCUCAAUGCAUAAAUUUUCUUUCAUUUGUAAA